AUGAGGAAUAAUGUGGAGGCUGAAGAGUACAGUGGUCAAGUACCACUUAUGCAGUUAAUCCUGUUAGCACAGCCACCCAUCACCCCAAGCCCUCAGAACUGGCCUAGACCUCCCCUGCAGGCGGUCCUGCAAGCCCCCAGCAUCCCAGUGGCCCUCCCCGUCUCCGUGCUGCGGGCCCUGGUGAUGCUCUGCUCCAGCCCCACGUGCUCCCUGGGCUGUGAGCUGCCUGCCGGCCACGGCAAUCUGGAAAGCUUCACACGCUGGAGUCAGAUGGAGAGAGUGCCCACUGUGUCCUGUCUGAGGGACAGGACUGACUUCAUUCCUCAGACCCUGGUGCCCGGGACCAGGCGUGAGAAGACAGAAGCCACAGCUGUUGUGCGCGAGUUGCUCCAGCAGACCUUCCAGCUCUUCAGCACCACGGGCUCUUCUGCAGGUCGGGACGAGAGCCUCCUGGACAGAUUCCUCGUGGGACUUGAUCAGCAGCUGGAGGACCUGGACACGUGUGUGAGGGAGGGAAGGACACUGGAACAGUCACCUCUAGGGACUGAGAACUCCAGAUUGGCUGUGAAGGGUUACUUCCAGCGAAUCAGUGUGUAUCUCAAAGAGAAAGAAUACAGCCGCUCUGCCUGGGAGGUUGUUAGCAUGGAAAUCAGAAGGUGCUUGGUUUUUGCCAACAAGCUCAUCGGAAAACUCAGGAAAUAA